AUGCCUUGCACAUGCAAGCAAAAAGUCGACCGUGGUCAGCCGAAAAUACAAUGUUCCAAAUGCAAGGAACUUUUCCAUUUGAAAUGUGUUAACCUGUCGGAAGCUGAUGCUGACUUUUUUGUGAAGUUUGAACGUGAUUUUCUUUGUGCAGUUUGCACUAAAUUGCGGCGAAACUCAAUUUGCUCCCCGCCUCCACCCCGCAAUACACCUGAUGCAUUGCCGCCGGUGGAUGAUCCUAUUGUGAUUGUGCCAGAAAAGCAACAAGGACCAUCUGUUCCGCCCGUUAUUCAAAAGGUAAACAAUAGUCAACAGAAAGACAGAGAAAUGGAAUCUGCUCUCAUUGCUGUUGUGCAAGAUUUAGCUGGGCUUAGAGCAGAGAAUUUGCACAUGCCACCAGUGCAUGCCAACCGUGGGAAACUAGGGGCUAAGCCAGCGUACCAAGACACGGCGCACUUGAAGACAGCAGAACGACCAAAACCUAUAAAGGCCUGCAGCGCACAUCAAGGGGCAGUGGCGUAG